AUGAAGGUUCUCAGUCUCAACUUCCUGACCUGCGCCGUGAAGGCCUGCAAGUCAUCAUCCGACUCGUAUCCUUUACACCCUCAGGACGCAGAGCUUGUGCAGGAUGAGAUCGAGCUCAACCCAGAUAUGCUUAUCAACGUGCUGCCACGCCUGGACUGGACAGCCCUCCGCACGACAUCAUCAGAGCUGGGCUUUCCUGCGCUGCCUGAGCAAGCCCCUACACCGGAAGAGCUGCAAGCUGAUGAGAAGACGAUGCGGGAUCUGCACCACUUGUUACUGGAGACUCAGAUAUCCGAGGGAAAGCUGGUCUGUGCCAACUGCGGGCAUCAAUAUGCUGUGAAGGAAGGCAUUGCAAAUUUCUUGCUGCCAAGCCACCUGGUGUAA